AUGGCAUCCAACGAAAGCAAGAAGAGAAAACAAGAUGAGGAAUAUUCAUCAUCAUGUGCACAAGAAAAUGAUUCCUCCAUGUUAUCCUAUGAAAUUCCAUCCGAAGAGAAGCAAACCAGCGAAUUGAUCGAUCAAGUAGCAGAGUCCUUUCAUCAAUUGACUUUGCAACAACAGACCGAAACCAUGAUCAAGCGUUUAGUGGACCAAUUCCAAAAUGGUUCAUCAUCCUCCAGCAGCACUCCGCUCUCAUCUUCCACGGCCAAUGAUUUUUCAUUUGUGGACUCAUCGGCAUCCAAGCUGAAUCUUGUUGCUCUCGAACAAAUGCAAACCGAUGAAUUGGUUGUGUUGAAAGUAGGGUCUCGUUUCUUUCAAACCACAUUAAAGACCUUGUUGGGUCAGAGAGGUUCCAAUGUUCAAUCUAAAAAGAUUGUCAUUAGCGGACAAGUUGCUUCGGGACCAAAACCAAAGAAACGAGGUCCUCCCGGAGAAGGCGACGAAGAGGAAGAAGGAGGUGAUGAAGAAGAGGAAGGAGGUGAUGGAGAAGAGGAAGAGAUGCAAGAUGAUAAAGAACAAGAUGGAAAUGCCGCCAAAGAUAGCUCCUCAGCAUCAGGUGCUUCUCUCGAAUAUGUUUGUGCUCAAGACAAUUUAUUCAAGGUCAUGUUUGAUAGCGGUUUUGGUAUUGAGAGAGAGGAAAACAAAUCAGCCAUCUCUUUCGAGGAUAGAAAUCCAGAGUAUUUUGAAUACAUUUUGGAACAUUUGAGACAAGGAGGAAGAGUAAAAUCAUUGGGUAUUGAAAAGUUGAACAUUACAGAGCUUGAAAAUAUUUUGGAAGAGAGUAGAUUUUUCCUUACCGAGAAAUUGUCAGAAUACAUUUUGUUCUUGCUCGACAAGUAUCACAAGUACGACUCUUCAUUGACUAAUUAUGAUGAAGUUGGAAUGAAUAUGGAUGAUGAUCAGCAAGAUUUUGGAGUGACCUCUUCUAUUCCUGUUGAAAAAGUCAAGCAAUACAUUAAGGAAACCAAUGAAAAGGUCAACCAAUCCAAGCUCAAUGUUUCGACACUUUCUCAAAAAUUGGUUGAAAGUUACAAGAACUUUUUGGUUGGUAAUGAUGUUGAGAGUGACUUGAGUGUUCGUGUCGAUGUCGCUGGCCAAGUUUUUACCAUUCCAUUCACUGCAUUGAGAAAGUAUGAAAACUUUUUAAUUACCAAGUACAUGUUAUCUGGUAAUUUCAAAUUGAAUCAAGAUGGAUGUAUCUUUAUUGAUAGAAGUCCUAAACUCUUCAAUUUUAUUCAUGGAUAUAUUAUUUCUGGAGGAAAGUUCUAUCACUUCCCCAAGUAUUUAUCAAAUGAGAAGAAACUCCAACUCAAGAAGGAAGCUGAAUUCUAUGGAAUGAAUACCUUGAUUCAAGAAUACUUGGAUCCAUUGCGUUAUCCAGUAGAGUUAUUGGGAAAGGACAAUAUUAAACUCAAAGAGCAAGAGGACAAGUUGAGAGAACUGUUUGCAAAGAGAAGAGAUUCUCCACUCUUGGACGAUCCAUAUCUCAUGUUAACUCCAUUGUUCAGCAAAUUAGAUGAAAUCAAUUUGAAAGAGAGGUUUAGAGUUGAUUUUGGCAAGUGUCCAAAACUGUUGGAUCUCAGUGACAAGACGAAAUAUUCAAGACAUGUUUCUCCUCCUCGUCUUGUGAAUAAUGUUCAAGCAUUCAAAUUGAAUUGGCAUAGAUUCACUCAGGGAGUUUUGGAAGGUCUAGAUUGGAAGGGAGUUUUUGCUGCAGGUGGUGGAGUUUUGGGAUGUCUCUUAAAGGAUGGUGGUGACCCUUCCGCUCAAACUCCUGUCUCUACAAUUUUCCCCAUGUCAAGUGAGGAACGUGCAAAGAACAACACUUCAAGAUCCAUCUCCACCAUUGAUGAUGACGAUGACGAAAAUGAAGCAAGUGAUUUCGGCUUUUGGAGAAGAUUCACUAAAAAGGAUACAACCACUCAACACAAUGAUUCUAUUAUCAAAUAUCCAGUUUCUGCAUUCCACAAUUUGGAUAGUAUUGGAAAUAGCUCAGUAUUUUCAAAGUUCAGAUAUGGCAACACCUAUGAGGGUUAUGAUACAAGAAGAUCAAACAAGCAAAAGCAAGUAGAUAUAAAGUCUACUGUUGCAGAUACUUCCAACGCCAGAGUGAUUCCAGAGCCCAACAUUCCAACCAGUUUCAAAAAGAGUGACAUUGAUUUAUUUUUGUAUGCCAUGACUGAAAAAGAAGCUGAAGAGAAAAUACGUCAUAUUUACCAAACUGUAAAGAAGAACAUGGCUCGUUUAUUAUUGCCUGACACCAAUACUGAAAAGUUGUCAUCCUCUGGAUAUCACUACUACAGAAACAGGAAUCAAAACCAAGAACAAAAGAAGUUAUUCGAAGAUGGAAUCUUGAAAACAACAAAUACUGUUGUGAAUGAUGACAUUUUGGUUGUGAGAACCAAAUACGCUGUCACAUUUUAUGGUUACAGAAUUAGACCAAUUCAAGUUGUUUUGAGAAUUUACAAAUCUCCUGCUGAAGUCUUACUUGGAUUUGAUAUCGACUGUGCAUGCAUUGGUUAUGAUGGUAAGACUGUAUGGAGUGCUCCAAGAGCAAGAAGAGCUCUUGCCUUCAAUACGAACUUGGUCGAUGUUGAUCGACAAUCCACUACUUAUGAGUACAGACUGUACAAGUAUGCAAAGAGAGGAUUUUCUGUCUCCGUACCUGGAUUUGAUUCUAACAAAGUCCAAAAUCAAUUAUUACAAUAUCCAAGAAGAUUCCCUUUCACUUCCAUGGAAUACUUGAUGCAUGGAUUGGCACGUAUUCUUGCAAUGGACUUGGCAUGUCAAUCUAAAAAUCCAAAGCACGUGUUGGGCCCCUAUGAUGCUCCCAAUUCCAACAAGGCACAAGAAAAGGAAGAACGUAAAGCUCUUAUUUUAGUUGGAGAGGUUAAUGUGAAAUCAGACUAUAUGGAUUUAUCCAUCAUUAAGAGUGAUCGAUAUCCUCCAUCAUAUUUGUUUGAUCAACUUUCAAAGGUACACAACAUGGUUGCUAUGAUCAAUAUGAAAGAAGAGAAGACUGAGGGCGAUGAUAAUAAUAACACCAACCAGUCUGGAAGAGGCCAAGGAUUAUCACAUUGGCGUCGAAGUUAUCGAAAGCGUCUUGAUGAAAGAAAAGGAUUCAGAGAGAGAGAAGCCAUCACCCUUGAUUCAAGAUUAACUGCACUCAAAUUACAACCACCAGUUCAAGAAAGAAAACCAGACUGGAAACCAUUCUUCAUUUAUUCUUUGAACGAUAUUGAAAUGAUUAUUUGCAAUGAAAAACAAGAAUCAAGAGUGAGUAAGAACAUUGAAUGGAUCACAGUUGAUCCUGGUACACAAUCUAUUGGUAGUUUCCAUCCUACCUCUCUCAACUUUUAUAGAGAUGCCUACACUUCCAUUCCAUUCAACAAGUUGCCUCUCUUGAAAGAAUCAACCUCAAGAACUGCUUGGUAUAGAGCUAUGAGCCAACAACCUCCUCCUCAUGUUAUUCAAGAGUCGGAAAAGACGGCAGAAGAACGAAAGAAGAACCCUUAUUACAAUUACUACAAUAGAAAAAAUAAUAAUAACGAAACGGAGCAAACAGAAGACAGAUACAAGUUGGUCACUUUGAAAAAUGUUUAUGGUACUUUGGAACAAAUUUGGUUUGAAGCUUAUCCACCAGAAAUUUCCAACAAGAUUGAGCAAAUGUUUAGAGGAUUCGUCACAUAUGGUAAUCCUAUUGAAUUUUGGAUUUCCAACACUGAAAAGAUUGACUUUGAUUCAUGGCGUCACAUGAAUGAUACCACUCACGCUUCAGAACCAGGCAAAAGUUUCCGAUUGCAUCGUGAUACCUUUGAUUAUUCAUAUCCUGGCGAAGAGGUUGCCAAGACUGCCAUCACCAGACUCAGUUUUCCUUCCUUCUAUUAA